AUGAUCACACAGCCUUUUCUAUCUUUACUAUACUUUCCCAGCGUGCAACUUACACGCAGAUCCCAGAUAGAUCUUUUCCCACCGUGCAACUUGCACGCACAUCUUGUAGUGUCUACAUACUGCAAGACCCAGGCGUCCGUACACCAAAGCUAUCCCUUUCUAAUAGAAGGCCCAUGCACAUAUAAGACUGAAUCGCUCGCGCAAGUGGAGGAAGCUUAUCAAGUCUUGCAACAAACUGAAGACUCCGUAGCUACCUCGGCCAACCCUAAGGCCCCCAGCGCAUUAUUCACCCUUGAACAGUUCGAUGCGCUCAAUCAGCAGAUCAUCAAGAUGCAAGGUCUUCUCCAGAUGUUGGAGAUGCAGUGUCAGGACUCAAUGGACCACCUGAAGAAACAUGUACCUGAUGCUAUGCCUCUCAUUCUAAUCCCCAGCAAAGCUCAACAACUCCCUUGCCUCGAUCCCUGCAACAUUUGGGAAGAUGCGCAAAGAUGGAAGACUUACCUCAGAGAACACAUAAACAGAUUCAUUGAAGCUCACCUGAUGGUCACACAAGCACAUUGCAAUAGACUUAUGCAGCAGUAG